UCCUCCUCCACACACAACACACACUAAUAAUCACCCCCCUGUGAUGCCAACCCCUCCAUGGCCGGGAACCACGACGAGGAGGUCUAAAAUCUAAAAACCAUAUCUGGAGUAUUAUGGAUCCGACGACGUGUUGACGACGACUCAGCAGCGCACGACACACAGACGCUCCGCUGAUUCACGCGGCGGUGUUUGAACUAUGAUCGGCGACAAACGAGCGCAGGAACACGGAGAGAGGAACCGGACUCGACACAAUCCCGCUGCGCGUCGCGCCGGAAGAUGAGCACCACGAUGGCUUCGAUGAAAACACCACUGUUGCUGUUCCUGCACUGGGUGCUCCAGUGUGCUGUGUGUCGCGACGUUACUCUUCCCGCUGGACCCCUCUACCGCGUGGCCGGGUUCCCCCUCUCCCUGCCCUGUGUGGUGUCAGGACACGAAGGCCCGCGUACACAGGACUUUGAGUGGUUCCUGUACAGGGACAAUGCCGGCGGGCUGCAGAUGGGAGUGGUGUCCACCAGGGACAAGGGUUUCCCCUACGCACCCUUCCAGCCUCGCGUGAGGAAUGGCGAGGUGAGGGUGGAGAGGGACUCCGGGGACGCGGUCCGGUUGGUGGUCCAGAGACUCCGGGCUGAAGAUCAGGGGAAAUACGAGUGUUACACACCGAGCACGGACAGCGCCUACCAGGGGAACUACAGUGGCUCAGUCACUGUCAAAGUGAUCCCUGACACACUCCAGAUCAGCUACACCCGCUCACUCACUGGCCUGCCGGUGCCGGAGGGCGCCGAGUUAACUCUGACGUGCUCGGCGGGCAUCAGUUCGGACCAGCUCACCCAUCUGUCCAUCACGUUCGGGAAGCGUGGCGCCGCGGAGGCUUCGGGGAGCGGAGCCGGAGAGGAGGUCAGCACCGUCAGGGAGAUUAUCUCCAUCGACAACCUGCUGGGGAUCGUCCCCGGACGUUCGUACAAGAAGCGCUACGACGAUGGCGAGAUCACGCUGGAGAAGAGGAACGGCGAGGGCGGGCAGGGGGUGUACGUGAUGAGGAUGAAAGCGGUGCGGCCAGAGGACACCGGCGCGUACUUCUGCGAGGCCUCGCAGUGGAUACGGGACCCUGACCGAUCGUGGCAGAAGAUUGCGCAGAGGACGCUGGAUAUUGGCAACUUGACGGUUCAGCAACUAGCGGAGUCCCUGAGUGUCACUUCCUCACCCAGAGGGGAGGUGACCCUGCAGAUUGGUUCCCCCCUCAUCCUGACCUGCGAGGUGUUAGGGCUGCCGCCCGAAGUAGACUCAGGCCUGCUGGUCCAGUGGAUGAAGAGGGGAUCCGUGAGCAGCGAUGACGUUGGUGCCGGGGGAGUUGAGGUGGAGGUGGCUAGGAUGAGCACUGACGGUGUUGUGAGCUGGGGGGACGACCUCAGCAGAGCCAGCGGCGGCUCCAUGGAGAAAGUGGCGGAGGGGAGGUUCUCUCUGAAGCUUUUCUCGGCCCGACCCGCUGACACAGGGGUGUAUCGGUGUGUGGUAAGCGUCUACGCCGGAAGGGCAAACCCGGGCCCGUCCACGCCGGUGACACUCACCCAGAGGUCAGAGGGAGUCACCGUCAACCUGAAGACCAAAGAUGUGCUGGUUUCAGCGGUGGCUCAGCUUCCUCGCGGCCCCCUGUUAAAAAGAGGAAGCACCAUCACCCUCAUCUGCAACGCCACUGUGACAACCACCGGUCCCGCCCAGGUUCAGGUCCGGUGGCUGCGGUGGCCGAUCCCUGCACCAGUUCUCAACAAGCGACAGGGUUCUGACGUCGCUUCACCCGAUCCCCCCGUCAUAGAGAAACCCACGCAGAUCGCUGCGCUCAUGUACGACGGUGUUGCCAAUAUCUACGUCAACGGCAGCGAGGUUAGCGUCGACCGGCUGUCGGCCGUCAGCUACAGACUGAGGGUCCACACGGCUGCGAUGGAGGAUCAGGGCAUGUACGCGUGUCAUGCCGAGGCGUGGGGUCAGGACCCGCAUGGUGGCUGGUACAACACAGGAGUCAAGGCGGAGUCGAAUGCGGUGACCGUUUAUCUGUACGCGAGAGCUGCCGACCUCCUCCUCAUUCCCCUGGUAAUUGGUGUCUCCUCCUCCUUGUUCGUGGGCAUCGUCAUCAUCGCAACGGUGACCUGCUGCUUCAUGAAGCGCCUGGCGAGGCAGCGCGCUCAAAAGUAGGCGUCCUCCGACGCCGGCCGUCUCAAAAUCUGAUUGGUCACGAGGAGGCAGAGAGAACACGUACGAUGAAAUGGCCAAGAAAUGACUUGAAGUGAACAGCUCAUGUUCUGUGUUCUGACACACCUGUUAAACAAUCAAUGCCAAAUGAUUCUGUUUUGUAUUCUGCUUAAUUUUGUAUCCAAACCUGAAAAAUACUAUAUUUUAGUGAUUGCUGCAAUGCAGUGGGUGUAAUAUCCUGGAUUUUUGGAGCCACAACCCUCCACUCCUCAAGUGAGCAGAAUUCCAUUUCCAUGUUACUCUCACCCACCUCUUUAGUCAUCCCUCUGUCCCAGCUAAUCUUUCUGUUUUAAUUGGAAAUAGGUCAAAAAUACGGAGGCAAGAUUUGCAAUGUUAAGGUGUAAAGUACAGAAGGGGCCGCCGGUUUUCUUAGAUAUGAGGAAUCUCACAGAAACAGGACUGCUCUCCGAAGUCGUGGUGUUUUAUUGUUACACUACGAUGCCACGAAUGCUUCUCAGCGCGUUGGAUAACGGUACGAAUUUCAUAAAAAACAAGUCCCAUUCUGUUGACACUGUUUCAGCUGCUCCUUCCUGAAACUGCAUGUUUUCCUUUUAACACAAACCCCCCCUGACUGUGUCUAAGUGUACGUGCACAGUUAAGCCUCUAGCACUGCCACUGACAGUCACAUGAAGGCUGUUGGGAGCAGUUCAGCCUCCAUAAACUCAACAUGAGCACGGGACCUUUCCAGUUGCUCGCAGCCCAGCUCUGCAUGUAAACAAAGUCCCUUGUCUGUUACUUACUAAGGAAGGAGCCGGCUGGGGACUUUCUGCUGCCAAGACGAAUGACUACCAAUUCUAAACUCAAGCACUCCUCGGCCGUGAAGCUUCACGCUGUACAGUUUUCUAUAUGGACUCGCACGGAUUUGACAGAGAGAAAUGGAAGGGAUGUCCUUUAUGCACUGACUGAAAUGUGUAAAUACUCUGUGGAGUUUAGCUGUUUUAUUUUUGUUAAUGUAAAGUGAGAGUGAGCUGUUGCGCCGCUCUUGUCUUUGACAAGGCACCGGUGUUUGACAGUCUGCAGCAGUCCGUUCUGCUCUGUGGAAGCACUUCUUUUACUUGACUCUCUUCCUGCAGAAAAGUCUUUUCCUUGCUGUACUUGACCGAGUGCUUUUGAGUCUUUUCUUCUUUUUCUUUUUUUGAGUGUUCUCUUGCAAAUUAAUCCCCUCCUCCACCGAGAUAGAAAACCAGUACUGUGAAAAAGAGUUCCCUGUUUGUCACACAGUAAAACUGUUGUAUUUUGUGUUUAGGAGACUUGUUCCUGCAGUCAUAUGACCAGAUAGUUCGGUGAAGUCUCGCUAUAGUCGUCGUCGUCGUCGUCACGGCUAUCAUGGGGUCCAGGCCACACAUCUUCUACUGCCAAGGCCUAUUAUGACUGCAGUCCCUGUUUCGAGCCCGCAAAAAUCUGUUGGACAGAUUUACUGUGUCUGUGCACUUAAAAUGAGUGAAAUCCAUCCUCCUCCUUCCUGUUGAAAGUAACACUUAGGGAAAGCUUGGCCAUGCAAGCGUGGCCACAUUGUUUGAUUUAAGGCUAGAUACAUGUUGUGGAGAAGGAGAAGGAAAGUCAAAUUUGUUGUUAUCCAGCUCUCUGCUCUCUCAUUGAAAUCAUUUCCCUUUUUUUGGGGGGGGGGGGGACUUUUCUAAAUUUGCUUGCACUGAGCUAUACUUUACGGUCUUUAGUGUCUCUUAACUGACUAUCUGUCCCUGUCUCCUCCCUGUAAAUCUGCCCUGUGCUCCCGAACCUGUGCUCCCUAAACCCCGAUUAUAAAUGUUCACGAUCAUUCAGGAAUAAAAUCACAUCUCUGCCACUUUGUUCCAGAUCAACUACUCAAAGCUGAUUUGUCCCUCAGCAUUCCCUCCCACUGCACGUUUACACACUUGCACACACACGCUCACUCACGCUCACAGAUGCACGUGCACCCCGGCAGGGGCAGGACAGUGCUGGCUGGCAAUUCAGAUGGAAGUGAGUAUCUGUGUGUUGUUCUAUAAUCCCCGCUGCACUGUGUCCUGCUGCGCGCCCCCCCCCCCCCCCCCCCCCCCCUCUCUCUGUGUGUGUGUGUUUCAGAGUCAGUGUGGCUCGGUUCCCUGAGAAUUAGAGCCAGCUGUAAGAAGUGCAAUACAUUGCAUGCAAAGUAUGAAAACUGUCAAAGUUGUGCAUUUAAAAAAAACAACAAACGUUUUUAAACCCUUUCCUCCAUGUUGUUGUGUUUCGUUUGGAUUGUUUACUCAUUCUUUAAUACCACUACUCCUGAAUGCAUCUCGCUGCCACUGAAUAUAUAUAUAUAUAGUAUACAUAAUUAUAUAUAUUAUAUAUAUAUAUAUAUAUAUAUAUAUAUGUAUAUAUGCGGGUUAUUGUUUGUUUCUUAUGGUGCUUUGGCAAACCUGCCAGUUGAUAAAACCAAUAAACCACCGUCACUCUGGG